UAAAUACCUAUGGUUACCCUUUUUGAUUACUUUCCCGUCUAAUUUCAGAUUACCAGCGAAUAACCAAAUGAAGAACAUGACAGUAAUUGUGUUUCUUUUUCUGUUCUGUCAACAAUUCCUACAUGUUUUUUCCUCGCCUCUCUUACCCCAAAACCAGGUUUACGAGGAAUCGUCUGAUGGAAGUAGAAAUAUACAACAGGAGCAAGAGCGUGCUCCUGAAGUGCAUUGCUCCAGAGAGAGAAGUAGGGGUGCUUGGAAAGUAAUAGAGGAGUAUUUGACACCAUUUGUGGAGAAAGAAAACUAUCAGCUGUCAACAAAGUGCAGACUUCAUCAUGAGAAUGAUAUGUUUAGGGAUCAAGAAGAGCAUAAAAUUUACCUUGACAGGAACGAAUGGCAGUGUGGAUAUUGCAAGAAAAGCUUCCGUGACGAAAAAUUUAUUGAUCAGCAUUUAGAUAACAGGCACCACAAUCUUCUGGAUCUGGGUCAUGGAAAAUGCUUGGCUGAUUUAUGUGGGGCAUUGCAUUGUGAUGCUGUGAUGAAUUCCAAGUCCUCUAGAAGCAAGUGUAAUCCAGCAGCUGCUGCAAAAAACCGUCACCUAUGUGAGAGUCUUGCUGACAGUUGUUUUCCUAUAAGUGAUGGUCCAUCAGCAAGCCGUCUUCACGAAUUGUUUCUUCACCAAUUUUGUGAUGCUCACACCUGCUCAGGGAAACAUAAACCCUUCUCCAGAGGAGGCAAGGACCAAGGAAGUUUCUUUCGUCUGGCUGCUGGAGCAUUGAUCUUGGUGCUACUUCCUGUGUUCUAUCUCUUUCUUUAUUUGAUACAAAGUGAUAUGAAGGGUCGAAAUCAAGAGCUCCGUCGCAUCUCCAAAUCUGGAUGGAAAGCAAAGCCAUCAUGAUUGCUGAUUAGACUAGCAGUCGUCGUCUAUGAUGAAUGGCUUGAAAAAAAUGGGAAAUGCACAUUGCAUGUCCGUGUCGAGGAAAGGAACUGAAGAGAAGUAUUAGGAGUGUGUGAAGGAAAUCAAACUUCGCAUUGGUCCAAAGUCUAACACAGUCCCCUAGGUAGUGAAGCGCAGGAAAGCAUUGUUCGAACAUCAUACAUCUUUUGUCUAUUUUUAAUUAUUCGCUCAAAGUUUGUGUAAUCACUCACCUUUUAUACUCUUAAAAACCUCAUUCCAUGGUGCCGAUGAUAAAAGCCAUAGAAAUUAGAAAAUCCAUGUACACGCAUUCAUACAUAUGAGAAUCACAUUGGUGUAUAUUGUACUGUACCUGCAAAAAAUUCAAAUGUAAAUGGACAAGGUUAUUUUUUUUAGAGUGUGAACAAUAAUCUCUACAUUAAGGGCUCAUUUAAUAUGCUA